AUGGGAAGUCCACCCAGAGGGCGUAACUGUAGAGAGUCUCACCGACUACAGAUAAGUUCGCAUGAGGGACCGAGUCAUCUGCGGUAUAUCGGGUUCGUGCAUUUGGCGCUAUUUAGCCUUGGCCCGAAAUCCAUCUAGAAGAAGGAAAAAUUCGAACCCAAACCAGAUACGCCACAUGAAAUGACAACGAUUUCACAACCUAGAUCGGUCGUCGCCCGGGUCAACAAGGACCGCGCCCUCCGCUGCGCACCACGACGGAGGUGAGAAGUAUGCGACUGGUGUAACAACAAGCAAAGUACUUGCCAGAAAUAAUAUCAUUAUUGGUACCUGGAACCUGGGAACCUUGGGAAUAGCAUGCAAAUUGGAAGAAUAGGCAUAUGAGACGACCAGGUACCGCUGGAACAUCUUAGGUCUCUGCGAGGUACGAUGGAAAAACUUUGGCAAUAUAUCUACUCAGGGGGGUCGCAAAUUAUACUUCAGUGGCAAGGAGGACAAACACGAACAGGGCGUUGGAUUUCUUGUUCACAACGGCAUCGUGAACACUGUCAUGAGCUGCCGUCCACUCUCAAGCAGCCUUAUCACCAUCCGCCUGAGGACAAGACCAUUUACAUCACAAUUAUACAGGCCUACGCCCCUACCUCGGACUAUGAUGGUGAUGCAGUUGAGGACUUCUAUGAACAUCUUCAAGAAAUCUUGGACCAUUCCCUUAAGAAUGGCACCCUUGUUGUGUUAGGCGAUUGGAAUGCUAAAGUUGGGGAGGAUGCAUUAAAAAACUGGAAAGGCACAUGUGGGCGCUAG